AAUAUAAAAUACAUAUUGUUUCAAUUAUCAUAUCCAACAACUUAGGUAUAGGUUAUGGGACUCCUCUAUCUCCUCUCCCUCUCCAUUUAAUAUCCUUUUCUAUUAUUGCUUGUUUUUCUACAGGUACUGAGACAUCAUAUUUGUGUUGAGUUUCAUUUGAUAUUCAAGAGGAAGCUGAUAGAUAGAUAGAUCUAUGAGACAUGGAUUCAUCAAAAAGAAACUGGCCUAGCAUGUUCAGGUCUAAGCCUUCUAUCAACUCUCACCGCCAUCAAUGGCAACAUGAUAUUGCCCCUCUUAUCUCAAGACCUUUCACAUCUUCAGUGAGUGAUCAAGAACGAAGUCAUGAACCGAAGCCGCGGUGGAACCCGAAGCCAGAGCAGAUCAGGAUACUUGAAGGGAUCUUUAACUCUGGAAUGGUGAAUCCUCCCAGAGAUGAGAUAAGGAGGAUUAGGGCUCAGCUUCAGGAAUAUGGUCAAGUUGGUGAUGCUAAUGUUUUCUACUGGUUCCAGAACAGAAAAUCCAGAAGCAAAAACAAGAAAAACAGCCUUCAAAAUUCCACCACCAAGUCAUCACUCAGUACUCACACUCUUUCCCCUCAAGCCAUAGCCAAGCCUGCUCCACUAGUGUCCAACUCAUCCUCAUCCUCAUCCGAUAAGUCUUCGCACAAGUCAGCCGAAAGAAAACCCUUCUCUUGUAAUGUCCUAGAUGGGCUCAACUCACCAACUGGCUCAGUGAACCAGCCCUACUUUAGUGCCUUCUUGCCGGAACCCUACAUGUUCCCGGGGAGCCAGAGUAGCCUAAUAAGUGGUUCAAGUGCAGCUGGUUUAAGUUUGGCACAAGGGUUUUGUUUUCCUGAACUUGUGGCAUCAAAUGAUUAUGUAGGUCAUAACAAUAACAGUGUUUCUCAACACUUAGGACAGGCUUUUGGGAAUUGUAGUAGUACUUCUGCUAGUGUUUUGCUUACUGACUUGAUGAAUCUUGGAGGUGUGAGUAAUUACUAUAAGAGGGGGGAAGAUAAUGACAAAACUAAGAUGCAGCAACUGUUGAGUUACAGUGUGACUACUGCAACUCCUACUUGUGCUCAAACCAUUCUUCCUCCUGCUGUCUCUCCCUCUGUUAUGUCUGCCAUCAAUCACAUUCAAGGUGAGGAAGUGAGGAAAUCAACGGUUUUCAUCAAUGACGUAGCCAUUGAGGUGGCAUCUGGGCCGUUCAAUGUGAGAGAAGCUUUUGGCGAUGAUGCUGUGCUCAUACACUCUUCAGGACAGCCUGUGGUCACCAAUGAGUGGGGCGUCACCCUCCACUCACUCCAGCAUGGUGCUUUUUAUUACUUGCUCUCCGCCUCCAUCGCUAACUCACAUCUCCAUUCACAUGAACUAGAGAUAUAAAUGGAAGAUGGAGUGACCGGUUGAUUGAUCAUUCAGUAGAUGUUGCAUCAGUUACUAUAUAUCUACAUAUUGCUGAAUUAGCUGAAUCUGUAUAAGUUUCUAUUAAUGGUUCUGAAAAUGGAGGAACAGAUAAUAUGAAAAUCUGUGGACUAAUAUAAAUUGCUAGUACUAUGUUUGUGUUAUGUGUGUAUGUACAUUGAAACGUUAACCAUA